CCAAAUCGGCGUCCCAUUUUCGAUGCUCUUUUGUUUUAAGUCGUCCCGGAUUGUGCAAUAUUUUUGUUGAAUUCCUCCGUCUAUAGUGGAGACGAAUGAUUCAGGACCAGGGAAGGCCGUAGCAAUCAUGUCUUCGACAUCGGCGUUACAGAAAGCUAUUGAGCUUGUAACAAAAGCAACAGAGGAAGAUAAAAACAAGAACUAUUCUGAAGCAUUACGUCUCUAUGAAUCUGCUGUUGAGUAUUUCCUUCAUGCCAUGAAAUAUGAAGUCCCAAAUGAGCGUGCUAAGGAAAGCAUCAGAGGAAAAUGUAAGCAGUACCUUGAUAGAGCAGAAAAGCUCAAGGACUACAUAGAAAAGAACAAAGACAGAAAGAAGCCUGUAAAAGCAGGGGAAGGAAAUUCAGGGAAAAAAGGUGGAAAAGAUUCAGAUUCAGAUGAUGAAUCAGAUCCUGCCAAGAAAAGGAUGGAAUCCAAAAUGGAAGGUGCUAUUGUUGCAGAAAAACCCAAUGUAAGUUGGGAUGAUGUGGCAGGCUUAGAGGGAGCAAAGGCAGCCUUGAAAGAGGCUGUUAUAUUGCCAAUUAAAUUCCCACACAUGUUCACAGGCAAGAGACAAGCUUGGAGAGGCAUCCUGCUGUUUGGGCCUCCAGGAACUGGUAAAACUUACCUAGCUAAAGCUGUUGCAACUGAAGCAAACAACUCAACAUUCUUCAGUGUUAGUUCAGCAGAUCUGGUUUCAAAAUGGUUGGGAGAAUCUGAACAGCACGUGAAGACACUCUUUGAAAUGGCUCGUGAACAUAAACCAUCCAUUAUCUCUGAUGAAGUGGACUCCCUCUGUUCCUCAAGAUCAGAACAAGAGUCAGAGUCUGCCAGACGAAUCAAGACAGAAUUUCUUGUACAGAUGCAGGGUGUUGGAAAUCAAAAUGAUGGAGUUUUGGUUCUUGGAGCAACCAAUAUACCUUGGGUGCUAGAUUCUGCCAUCAGGAGACGAUUUGAGAAACGUAUUUAUAUUCCACUCCCUGAAGCAAAUGCUCGUACAAGUAUGUUCAAGCUGAAUUUAGGAGACACGCCUCACAGUCUUCAUGAGGAAGAUUUCAGGUUACUUGGUUGCAGAACAGAAGGGUACUCUGGUGCAGAUAUAAGUAUUGUUGUUCGAGAUGCUUUAAUGCAGCCAGUUAGGAAAGUCCAAACAGCCACCCAUUUCAAGUAUAUUCGUGGACCAUCUCGUGAAGAUCCGAACAGAUUUAUAGAAGAUUUACUUACGCCUUGCUCUCCUGGUGAACCUGGUGCCUUUGAAAUGACCUGGGAGCAAGUUCCAGGAGAUAAGUUGUUUGAGCCUGUAGUAUCAAUGGUAAGUGACUGAGCCUGUAUUAUGUAUUAUAAGUGA